UUUCGCCGUGUUCCCACCUUUGGUCGUAGCACGAUCCGUCGAUUCUCACGAAACGUAUCCGGACUGAAGCAGAUGGCUGGGCGUGAUUUUGAGGACAUCCUUCAGUGCAUCAUCCCCGUAUUCGAUGGACUCCUCCCUCCCCCGCAUGACGAGCUUGUGGCGACACUGCUAUUCCAACUCGCAUACUGGCAUGGACUUGCGAAGCUUCGCCUACAUACAGACGAAACAGUGGCACUGUUGCAUGCCGCAACGCGUGCACUCGGGAAGAUCACGCGCAAGUUUCUGAGUAAGACAUGUGAAGCAUACGACACUCGAGAGCUCCCUAGGGAGGAAGCCGCACGUGGUCGCCGUAAGGCAGCGAUGAUGGCAAAAAGAGGGGUCAAAGCCAAGUCGAAAGGUACACAGAAGCGUGCACAGAAGUCUUCUGUCGGAGGCGCACCAGCUCCAGCACCACAAACCGGCGCCAAGCGUAAAUUGCUCAACUUGCUAACGUUCAAGUGGCACUCGUUAGGCCACUACGCUUCUGCCAUCCCUUGGUUUGGGCCACUCGAUGGUGUCAAUACACAAACGGUAAGAUCUCGACGUGUCACCGAUGUGAUAUAUGCAGCAGAUGAUAAUCUGCCAUAUGAUAGGGUGAAAUGGAACAUCGUCGGGUGA